AUGGCGCUCAAUCGCAUCAAGUCCCGUGGGCGAGGGCACCUCGUAAUUGACGACUACGACGCCAACAAUGGACCCUCGAGCAAUGUCAUUGACGAUGGACGCGUUGAAGUUCAGUUUCACGACAACCCUCAAGCGCUGGCCGUUUGGUGCCAGCAUUUUAAAGACUCAUUCGCAGGCGAUACAUCAUCUUCGGAGCGACUACAGCCCCCCGAGCCUCGUCGAACGAAUAGUAUCGCGUUUGUACCCGGUGUAGAGAAGCCAGAUGAGGGUCCGCGCCUCCAUAUCGCGAUACAUAUCGUGGGAUCGCGCGGUGAUGUUCAACCGUUCAUACCUAUUGCACAACUUCUUAUGAAACCACCCUAUGGUCACCGAGUACGGAUAUGCACGCAUGCCGCUUUUAAGGAGUUUGUUGAAGCUCAAGGUAUAGAGUUCUUCAACAUUGGUGGUGAUCCCGAGGCCCUGAUGGCAUACAUGGUCAAGAACCCUGGGUUAUUACCAAACCGCGACAGCCUCAAAGGGGGAGAGGUCGGGAAGAGACGAAAAGAGAUGGCAGAGAUCAUUUCUGGUACCUGGAGAAGCUGCAUCGAAGCUGGCGAUGGAAUGGGAGAGCCCAUAAAAGCUGCUAAUGUAGAGUCUGCCGAUGAUCUGUUCCUGGCCGACGUUAUUAUUGCUAACCCCCCAUCUAUGGGCCAUAUACACUGCGCUCAGAAACUCAGCAUUCCCCUGCAUAUGGUCUUUACAAUGCCGUGGUCACCAACUAAAUCCUUUCCCCAUCCACUGGCUUCAAUGAGCUAUGGUGAUGCCGAUGCCAAGGUCGCUAACUAUUUGUCCUUCAUGAUGAUGGAAUUGCUAACAUGGCAAGGCCUAGGGGACUUGAUAAACAAAUUUCGUACGCAAACGCUGCAUCUUGAUCCCGUCAGCCCGCUCUGGGGCUUUCAACUCCUUUCCAGGCUUCGUAUUCCGUUCAGUUAUCUCUGGUCAGAGACGUUGAUACCCAAACCAUCUGACUGGGACGACCACCUGAACAUUACAGGCUUCUCUUUCCUACCACUUGCCAGCUCUUACACGCCUCCUACAGACCUUGUAAACUUCCUUAACAAUGGGCCAACACCAAUUUACAUUGGGUUUGGAUCUAUCGUCGUGGACGACCCCCAAGCACUCACGACUAUGAUCUAUGAAGCUAUCAAGAUUGCCGGCAUUCGAGCCAUUGUUUCGAAAGGAUGGGGGGGUGUUGGUGCUGGAGAAGUCCCCGAUAGCGUUUAUCUCAUUGGAAACUGUCCUCACGACUGGCUGUUCCAGCAUGUUGCAGCUGUUGUCCACCAUGGCGGUGCUGGCACGACAGCUGCCGGCAUAGCGGCUGGUCGACCGACUGUCGUUGUUCCGUUCUUUGGAGACCAGCCCUUCUGGGGUCAGAUGAUGGCUCGUGCAGGUGCGGGACCAGUAGCAGUUCCAUACAAAGAUCUCACAGCAGAGAUACUGGCCGAGAGUAUCACAUUUGCCCUUCAACCGCAUGUCGUAGCGGUAGCGAAGGAAAUGGCGCUGCAGAUUGGGGAAGAGGAUGGGUCUGGUGGCGCAGCUAUGGACAUACAGGAGCGUCUGGACAUUGAUAGCCUCCGUUGCGACCUGAGUCCGGGCAGACUUGCCAGCUGGCUCCAUCGUCAGACAGGGGCUCAUCUGAGCGGCUUUGCUGUCGGCUGUCUCAGAGAUCAUGGGUUGAUUGAGAUGUCAGACAUCAAGUUGCUCCGACAUAAACACUGGUAUGUGGACGAAGGAGCUGAAUCUCCCGCUAUCGGUGCCAUAGCUGCUGUGUCAGGCUUUGCAGCAGCCAUAGGCACAGCGACGUCUGACUACAGUGAACGUUUGAGGAACUCUCCGCACUCUAAGACGACAAGGCGCCGUAGCAGCAUAGGUUUGCCAAGGGUCCCGGCGGCAGAAUAUAACACUGUUGAUGCCUAUUCGCAGUCUCAAAAGGGACCACGAGACGUAAGUCAAGCAGAUAUGGAAGCACUCGCUCAGAAGAUGGCAAGCAAGACACUUUACGGUGCCGAACCGGCUUUCUCAGCUGCACGGUUAUGUCGCCCAAUCAACGAGGCUCACCAGGGGCGCAAGAAAUCAUGGAAAGCUCGCGAGAGCGGCAGAAAUGGACACGUCUUCUAUAUCACACGUGUGACAGGCAAAUACGCUUGUGAUCUUGCUGCGGCGACUGCCAGAGCGCCCGUUGCUUUCUUCUACAAUGUUGCCAACGGCUUUCACAACGCACCAUCAAACGUCUUUGAUGUUGAUGUUCGCCGCCGAGACGAAAUAACAGGGCUGGGGAGCGGCGUCAAAACCGCAGGGAAGGAAUUCUGUUAUGGGAUCUGGGAUGCCUUUAGUGGCAUAGUCGUCAAACCAUAUGAAGACACAAAGAAUAUGGGCGCCAAGGGUCUUGGAAGAGGCCUGUUGAGAGGCGGCCUUGGUAUAAUAGGCAAUUUGGGCUCUGCAUGUUUCGGGCUCCCAGGAUAUACCUUGAAAGGGCUAGAGAAAGAGCAGAGAUAUUAUUAA